UAGGUUUUGAGAGGACACACGCCGGGGACGCUGCUCUUCAUACAAUAAAUUUAAAGAAAAACAUUUGUUUAUUUUGUAGCAUAAGCAUUAUUUUAGCAGCUGACCAGGCAAUGUUUCGGCAGACUAAGACGGUGUUUCAAAAACUUCGACAUGUUCGUUUUAGUGGACAGCAGCAAACGUGGAGGCUGAGGAGCACUUCAGCAAGAGAAAAGGCUCUUCAGUACCAACCAGGGCAGAAAAUCCAUGGUUUUACUGUCAGAGAGGUUGUAGCAGUCCCUGAUUUGUCUCUCACAGCGGUGAAGUUGAGCCAUGAUAAAACUGGAGCUCAGUAUUUGCACGCAGCCAGGGAUGACUCAGAAAACCUCUUCAGUGUCCAGUUCAGGACCACCCCYAUGGACAGCACCGGGGUCCCCCACAUCCUGGAGCACAUGGUCCUGUGUGGAUCAGAGAAGUAUCCUUGCAGGGAUCCCUUCUUUAAGAUGCUCAACCGGUCCCUGUCCACUUUCAUGAACGCCAUCACAGGUUCUUUACCUACGGAGACUUGCCCCUGGAGAAUCAUCUGCAGCAGAUUCAACAAGAAGCUCUGUGCAAGUUCGAGCGCAUCGAGCCAAACACAGAGGUCCCCCCUCAGCCUCGCUGGGCCAGGCCGAGAGAAGAUCAUGUGACCUGCAGCCCUGACGCUCUGGCUCCAGAUCCAGCCAAGCAGAACACGCUGUGUGUGAGCUACCUGCUGGGAGACAUCACUGAUACAUUUGAAGGAUUCACUCUCAGCCUGUUGUCGUCCCUGAUGAUCUCUGGACCAAACUCCCCCUUCUAUAAAUCUCUCAUUGAACCCAAAAUAGGAAGCGACUUCUCCUCUGUUAUUGGAUACGACGGGAGCCUUAAAGAAGCGUCGUUCAGCGUCGGGUUGCAGGGGAUGGCUGAGGAGGACACACAUAGCUUCAUCCUGGAACCAUAAUGGCGACCCGGUGGAGCUGCUGAAAAUCAGUGACAAUGUCUCCAAGUUCAGACAGGCUCUGAAAGAAAACCCUCGCUUUCUCCAGGAAAAAGUCAAACACUAUUUUAAGGAUAACACACAUCGUUUGACCCUGAAGAUGAGCCCAGAUGAGGGCUAUCUGGAAAAGCAAGCCGAAGCUGAGGAGAAGAAGCUGCAAGAAAAGAUUCAGGCUCUGUCAGAUGCAGAUAAAAAACUGAUUUAUCAAAAAGGUCUGGAGUUACUGGCUGCUCAAAGUCAAGUUCAGGAUGCUUCGACUCUGCCUGCACUCAAAGUGUCCGACAUCGAGCCGACGAUACCCAUCACCCCUGUUCAGAUGGGCUCUGCAGGAGAUGUGCCGGUGCAGUACUGUGAGCAGCCCACCAAUGGUUUGGUGUACUUCAGGGCCAUGUGUAGUCUCAACACUCUGCCGGAGGACCUCAGGGUUUAUGUCCCACUCUUCUGCAGCGUGGUCACCAGGAUGGGCUGUGGAGCUCUGGACUACAGACAACAGGCCCAGCAGAUGGAGCUGAGGACGGGGGGGAUGUCUGUCUCCAGUCAAAUCAUCCCUGACUCGACCCAAAUGGACACGUUUGAGCAGGGUGUCCUCUUGUCCUCUUCCUGUCUGGACAGGAACCUUGCUCACAUGUUUCAGCUGUGGAGUGAUAUAUUCAACAGCCCCCAUUUUGACAACGAAGAGCGUCUGAGAGUGCUGGUGAUGAUGUCAGCGCAGGAGCUGGCCAACGGGAUCUCCUCCUCUGGUCACAUGUAUGCCAUGACCCGAGCCAGUCGCCACCUGACAUCAGCUGGGGGGCUUCAGGAGACGUUUGGUGGGAUGGAGCAGGUGAAGUUUAUGAAGAGGGUAGCUGAGAUGCCAGACCUCAGUCAGGUCAUUCGAACAUUACCCAGAAUCAAAAAACACCUUUUCAACCCCGAAAACAUGAGGUGUGCGAUCAAUGCAACUCCUSAGAAAAUGUCUGAAUCAGCAGCACAGUUGGAGAGUUUUAUAAAGGAUGUUGCUGAAAACAAAAAAGAACGCAAACCUGUGAGAACAAAUAUUAUUAAGAAACCUCUUGACCCUGUUGAUGAUUCUGGACCAUUUAGAAAUCUCAUAACUGAGCCAAAUUURCAACCGUGUCAGAUGAAGACGUUCUUCCAGAUGCCCUUCCCAGUUAACUUUGUCAGCGAGUGUAUCCGUACUGUGCCGUUCUGCCACCAGGAUUAUGCCAGUUUGAGCAUUUUGGCGAGGAUGAUGACAGCAAAAUUUCUGCAUGGAGAAAUCCGGGAGAAGGGUGGAGCUUAUGGAGGCGGGGCCAAUAUGGGAGGCGGCGGCGUGUUUUCCUUUUACUCCUACAGGGAUCCGAACUCUGUGCAGACAUUAUCUGCAUUUCAUAAAGGAGUGGAGUGGGUCAAAUCAGGACAGUUCUCUCAACAAGACGUGGAUGAAGCCAAGCUGUCUGUCUUCUCUCUUGUAGACUCACCUGUGGCCCCCUCAAACAAAGGAACGCACAACAUGAAAACUCAUCAGUGUUUUGCAAAAUCCUCCGUUAAGAACUUUCAUAAUUCCAUUCUGUACAAACUCAUUAAAUGACCUCAGAUUGUGAAAAUAAAACAAAGCUGAAUCAGUUUUCUGUUUUGCCACAAAUAGAAAUAACGUUUGAGUGCUGAAAAACUGCUGUAAUUUCAAAAAGAAGCUGAAACUGAAAAGCUAAUUGCUGAAUCAGCAUUCACUCAAGUAAAUGAGCACAAAACCCAGUUGUUGUUUUUUUCCACACAAUAACUGCUUUAUUUCCUCUGACUGGACAGUCUUAGUAAAGCAACAUGAACAAUG